AUACACAACUCUUAUGAGUGUAGAUACCCGCCCCCCUUGAAUGAAAGAGAACGGUCCAAAGCCAAAAUAUGUCACGUCCAACAAAAAUCACGUCUAUGACAGUGAAAGAUAUUCGAUUUCCAACCUCACUACAAAAAGAUGGAUCAGAUGCGAUGCACAAAGCCCCAGAUUAUUCAUGUCCAUAUGUCACCAUAAAGACAGACUCCACCCUUGAGGGGAAUGGCACCACAUUUACUGUCGGGCGAGGAAACCACAUAGUUUGCUGCGCUGUGGAGGUGUUUGAGAAGAUGUUAGUGGGUCAGCAGCUGAAGGACAUCUUUGAUGACUUUGGAAGUUUCUGGCAGUCCCUAGUCAGCGAGGAUCAAAUAAGAUGGCUUGGUCCAGAAAAAGGAGUGAUUCACUUAGCAACUGCAGCCAUUGUAAAUGCAUUGUGGGAUUUGUGGGCCAAAAUUGAAAACAAGCCUCUUUGGAAAUUGCUUGUGGAUAUGGAACCUGAGAAGCUUGUGUCUACCAUUGAUUUUAGAUACAUGUCUGAUACGUUGACUAAAGAGGAAGCAUUAGAAAUAUUAAAGAGUAAGCAAGAUGGAAAGAAAGCAAGAGAGGAGGAGCUCCUGGCUAACGGUUUCCCUGCUUACACCACUUCCUGUGGAUGGCUGGGAUACUCUGACGAGAAAAUUAAAAAGCUCGCAACAGAGGCAAUGGCUGCUGGAUGGACAAGAUUUAAAAUGAAAGUAGGAGGAGAUGUAAAGGAUGAUGUCAGACGAGCCAAAAUAUUUAGAGAGACCAUUAAAGAGGAUAUGCUGCUGAUGGUUGAUGCAAACCAAAGGUGGGAGGUCCAGGAGGCCAUUGAUUGGAUGAAGCAAAUGGCAGACUACAAGAUUCUGUGGAUAGAGGAGCCCACCAACCCUGAUGAUGUCAUGGGGCAUGCUGCCAUAGCAGAGGCUCUUUUGCCACUGGGUAUAGGAGUAGCCACGGGAGAGAUGUGUCAGAACAGGGUUAUGUUUAAACAGUUCCUUAAAGCCAAGGCAAUGCAGUACUGUCAGAUUGAUGCUUGUCGAUUAGGUGGAGUCAAUGAGGUCCUUGCUGUUAUUCUGUUGGCUGCUAAAUACAAAGUUCCUGUGUGUCCACAUGCAGGGGGUGUGGCACUGUGUGAACUUGUCCAGCACCUCGCCAUGUUUGACUUUGUGUCGGUUUCUGGGACCAUGGAAAACAGAAUGAUCGAGUUUGCUGAUCACCUUCAUGAGCACAUGUUGGCACCAGUUGUCAUCAAAGGAGGAAGAUACAUUGCACCAAAGGCCGCUGGGUAUGUGGUGGGAAUUAAGGACCAGGCCCUGGCUGACUUUGUCUACCCUGAGGGAGCAGAGUGGCAGAGGAUGUUCAAGGAAGGCUUGUUCCAACAGGAGUAAAAUCACUCAACUGUACAAUCAGCACAUAAACACAAACCGGAUCAGAUGUGGUGCUCAUUUUCAUGCUUAAACAGAAGACAUAUUGAUAAAGAAUAUUAUUUUUAGUAGUUUAUAUCACUUUAGGGUCAUCAAACUGUAUAUUGUGGUCCAAAAGUAUACCAUGAUGACCUAUUUGUGGAAUGUGAAUUUCCUGACAGGUGCAUCAUAUGUUGUAGUACAUGUGAUUCACAGUAUGUUACUCAAGCAGUAUUAUCUUGUGGGUAGCAGAAUUUUGCCUGUUGGUAAAUACACUGUAUUUUACAUACUGGGGUUAUAUACACUGCAUUUUACAUUUUUUACUUUAAAAUAUAUUGAAAAUAUAAUGUAUGCAUUAUUAGCACUGACAUCUUUAAAUGCAUUUCAAUUCAGGAAUACUUGUGACUACAUGUAUAUAAGAAUGAUUUAAUUGCGUAACAGAAGACACAUAUUUUCAUUAAUGCAUUUAUUGUUUUGUUGGGAUAUUAAGUGUAUAUUCUAGGUGGACUGUGAUAAAUUUGAUUUCAAUUUU